CUUGCUGCUUGACCACCUUGAACCUACCUUGACUUCUUUGACGGCCCAGCUGCGAAUUCAACUUGGUCACCACCUAGCGCUGAGCUUGGAUGCUCCGCCAUAAUGACCUCUACCAGUAACUGUUUGACCCGGUAGUGACAGCUUGGAGCCCAUGUCCACUGGCGACCUAAACGGGAAUGUGCAGCGCCUGGUGCGCGAGCUGCGCUCCAUCAAGUAUCCCGGGGACGUUGAUGAAGUUGGACUGCGCCUCGGUGACCCCGUGGCGCUGCUGCCGCUGCUAAGCUUUACAUUGCUGAAGUUUUCGCGGCACGUGGCGCGCUACAUUGUGCGGAACGGGUUCGAGCUCGCUGGGAAGACCGACCAGCGCUUUGUGGAGACAAGCUUCCGACUGCUGCGGGACCUGCUGAACGUGCGCACGGUUCUGACGCCGGCGCAGUUCUUUGAGCAGGGCUUUGCGGAACGCAAGGUGCUCCUGCUUUGUGAUGUGAUCACCGUGUGCAAGAAGCUGCACAAUGACGAGGUCCGGCACGAGCGACUGGCCGCACUCAAGGCAACCCGCCAGGAGCAAGUCAUCAGCCGGCUAGCCACACCGCACGGCGGCCAGCAGGAGCCGCCCAGUGGCGGCCGGCAUGCGGCCGGCCGCAGGAGCCCGGUGGUCAAGGUGGUGCGGAAUGACGAUGUGGAGCUGUUGCAGGUGCUGGCGCCCACACACCAGCCCAACGCUACCGAUGGGGCGCAGUCCGUGUUCCGCACCCGCAAAACUAUAUCCCGCUCGCCAUCGCCCUCCCCGCCCAACGCCGUAACGAUGCGCGCAGGGCCCGACCACAGCCGGUCACGCAUGUCGCCGCCGGGACGGAGAGGCGCGAGCGGCGCCAGCGAUGUGUUGGAGCUGACGCUGCGGCCGGGCAGCCGUGGCGUCGGAGCGCCUGCGGGGCGGCCAUCUUCGGCCGCCGCAGCCCAGCAGCAGCAGCAGCAGCAGCCCAUCCAUGCCUGGUUCUUGAACCCGGCGUUUGACGAGGGCGUGGAGGGCAGCUUGGACCUUGGGCUGGGGCUUGGAGGCGCAGGAGGCGCCCGGCCGGACAGCACAGCGUGGUGGCAGCAGUCCGCGCCGACGCCGGCGGUCAUGCAGCCGGCGGCAGCACGGAGCUGGCAGCAGAACCCCUACCUGGCCUUUGCGCGCGCCAGCCCGACCAAGGCGGCACCGCAGGCGCCCCCUGGCGGUGAUCGGAGCGGGGCGGGAGCUCCGGGCGCAGCGGCUGCGGCUGCAUGGCCUGCAGAGGAGGACAUGGCGCAGCGGGACCAGUCCUCAUCUCGACAGCCACACACGCGCAGUCAGCAUCAUCAGCAACAGCAGUACCAUCAUCAUCAUGACCAGCGGCAGCAGCAGCAGCAGCCGGCAAGCAGCAGUGGAGUGCCAGGCGGCUCGGCGGAGGUCAGCGGCACGGCGGGCCGGGGAGGGUCUUACCAGCCGCGCGAGAUUGACGAGUGGAGCUUUAGUCAGUACUUCGGGCCGGGCAAGGGGCCUCAGUCUCAACGGACACAGCAGCAGCAGCAACAGCAGCAGGCUGACGGCGUGGGCACGAGUCAGGACCUGGGUGGCGCGGACUACGGCCAGGGGGGCUACGGGCACGACCAGGAUGCAGCGGAGCCUAGCGUCGCUGGCUCUGGCGAGGACGAGCGGGAGGGCUACACGGCGGCGGCUUUGUCGGACCGGGACGGGCGGCAGACGGACGGCGGUCAUGCUGCGCGACGGCAGCAGCAGCAACAGCAGCAAUCGCAGCAGCAGCAGCGGGGCGGGCACGCACUGUUUGGGUGGCAGCGGUCACAGCAGCCGUCGGCAGCUGAGGAGCAAGCGGCCAGGGCUGGCCCGUCAGCUGCCGCUGCACACGCGGCAGCAGCAUCGACACAGCAGCGGCCUGGGGUGGGUGCGGGGCUGGGGCGAGCUGCGCCGGCAGCAAGCGAAGGCGCGGGCCAUGGCGGGCAAGACUGGGCGGUCAAGCUGCGGCAGUUGGAGCAGGAGACGCAGCAGCAGGUGCAGCAGCUGCGGGAAAGGCUGGCGGCGACUGAGGCGGAGCUGGAGAAGUGCAGGUCGGAAGCGCGGCAGGCGCGCGAGACGCUGCAGGCGCAGGUGACGGUGCUUGAGGGCCGCGUGCGCUUCUUGGAGUGCGAGAUGGAGCUGUGCGUCAAGCGCCAGCCCACGCCCGCUAGACCAGCAGCUGCAGGCGACGGUUUUGGUGACAGCGCACUCUAUGGGGCAAGCGGAGCGGCCGCACGCGCCUCGCCUGGCGCAGGUGCCGGUGCUGGUGCAGGCAGGGCUGCGGGGUCGCCUGGGCGGGAACCCUCGCCAGCGGCUGCAGCAGCUGUGGCACCCUCCUGGCGUUUUGGGGCGGCGGAGCCGCAGCGGCCGCAUUCUGCUGGCGGAGCGCUGCAGCUGGCGGGGGGCCGGCCGUCUUUGGCAGCAGGCGCGACGGACGCCGGGGUCUCGACAGGGGCGAACGCAUGGGCGGGGCAGCAGCAAGCGGGGCAGGCGGCGUCGGGUCUGCGCGGGCCGGCCGGGAGCCCACCUAGGGCCUCAUCCGCUGAGCCAACGUCGGGCGCUGCAGCUGCUGCGGCAGCAUUGGCAAGAGCCUCGGCGGAGUGGCUGCGGCCCGCCACUUCCCAACCUGCGCCUGCCACCGGCGCAGCGGUGGCACUGCGUUUCAGUGCCGCAGCCGAGCCCAGCCUCUUGACCUCCUCAACGUACACCACGGACCAAGCACUGCAGCACCAGCAACUCCACCACCCGCACCCGCAGCAGCCAGCACCGCCGGCGGCACGGCUCCAGCCGCUGGCCCCCCAGCCCGCCUCGCUUGUCGGCUCCACAGGUGGCCGCGUCACGGCCGGCUUGACGCCUAUGCCGCAGCCGUCCUUCUCCUUCCAGCCCUCCAGCCUCAUGCAGCAGGUGGCCGCAUCCGCCGCCGCUGCGCCGGGCGAAGGCCCGGCCCCGGCCCAGGAGCUUGCGCCGGCGCCGCCGCAAGCGCACGGCCAGCGGCUCAUGAGCAGCAGCGUAGACAGCGGCGCCACUGCAGGCCGGCGACACGGUGCCGCCGGCGCUGCGGGGGCGCUGGGUGCCGGCGGCAACCAGCAUGUGCGCGGCAGCGCUGAGUCCGCGCUGUCGUCGUCGUCGGCUGCAGCAGUGGCGGCGGCGGCGGCGGCGGCUUCGAGGCUGGAAGCAGGUGGUGCCGCAGGUGGGGCGGCGGCUGGGGUUGCGGCUGGGCACGUGCCGGCCUGGCGGGCGCAGCCUUCAGAGCGGGCUGGCGUUACAGGCGGCCGGCUUGGGACGGGCGGCGGCGCCGUUGGCGGAAGCAUCCUGGACGGCAUCUCGGCGACAGCUCCCGCUGCGGCUGCUGCUUCUACUGCCGGGCUGUCUGCGUCGCAGUCUGUCCCGGCACCUGGUACCGCGCCCGCACCGCCCGCGGCGCUGGCGGCGCCGGGCGGCAUGUACACUUUGCAGCCGGCCAGUGCGGGCCAGCCCGGCACCGGCACCGGCGGCAGUGCGGGCGGCGGCGCCUACCGUAGCACUGACGACCUGAUCAACAGCUUGUACGUGCGCUACACAGAGGCGCAGGACUUCUUGCAGAGCAUUCGCAGGCGCUGAGCGAAUGAGGGGAGCGGAGGCGGUUGCGACGGCCUUGGAGCGUGCGAGAUGGUCGGUGCGGGAGGUGUUGAUGGGGUUGGCGGCGGCAAAAGUAGGGGAGGGCGGCGCCAGCUGGCUAUGACGGCUAGGCUAGCUGCUCGAGUGGUGCAGGGACACAGACUUGACGUUGUUACUUACCUUGCUUGUGACAGUGCAUUCAAUCUUGGGACUGAAGAGGCAAAUGCGGUUGCAGUGGAUGCCAGCGACAAGUCAUGAGUGCCGUUGUGAAGUUGGCGAAUCUGGGUUUCAAGUGCCGAGUCAUGUCUGAUCUUCUCACCCGAUCACUCCCAGUUUCGCUGCCUAGCUUCCAGGCUGGGCUGCACGGUUUGCUUGCUUCAGUACUGAUGAUACAGACUUCAUGGCGAAAUGACCAUUGGAAAUGACUUGUAAAGCAAGGCUCGG